AUGUAUCCCACUCUCCGUUUGCUCGCCCGAGACCUUAGAAACAAAGGGUCUCGCACGAGCAGUUCUCACGCGUUGCCGCGCACCCCAGCAAACCGCCGUGUCCCACUCACGGACAACAACUUCAAGAGCGCCAGUACGCAACCGGCAGGGGAGGGCCAGUUUAGGUUGACUUCUACGCAGGGAGGAAAAAGCAAAAAGGAGCCGCAACAUGCCCCCGAUAGACGGGCAAAUGGAACUGCGCACAGUGGCAGCAUCGCAGGGUCUGGGGGGAAGUUGACGAAGGAGUCAGAGGAACGGCAAGGCUCGGCCCAACAGAUGAACAAGCUGUCGAAGAGCAAGAACCUGUCGCCAUCGGGAGACGGUCUGCACAGCUCGGGGAAGCUCUCUCCGCCCACCGCACGGCAGCCGUCUCUGAACCAGACGUUGGCGAGUAAACUCGAGCGCAAACGUGCCCUCGAGGAAGAAAAAGAGAAGGCUCGAAGGCAAGAGGCCCACCUAAGGCGAACGGCUCUGCGCUUAGAAGAGAGACACCUCGGCCGCCAGGUCAGAAAGGGGACGCUCUGGCGGAUGUGCCUCCAACUCACGAUCGAGCUGAAAAUGGUCAACGACACGCUGAGCAACAUACGCAAGAUCAUGACCCGGACCUACCGGAGCCCGCUCACGAGAGACCGCAAGACCACCGAGGUGGAAAAGUGCAUAGAGCAGGCCGAAAGGAUCCUGGAACACCUCACCGUCUGCAACAUCGUGGCGCUCGAGUGCAGGACGUACUGGGCCGCUCUGGCGGCGUGGGCACAGGUCAUGUUCGUGCCGGGUGUGCCCGUGCCGCGGGAUCCGAGGAAGCGGCCCGCCAGCCUGCAGCCAAAGUGGAUCGACACGCCGUUCAUCAAGGGAAGCAAGGCGGCAAAGAAGAGAGCCAGGGCGGAGGGCAGGGACGGCAACCCCGCCUCCAUGUAUCCAGGCAGGCUGGCAGUGUGGUGGCGGGGUGGCUACCUCGUGGCCAGGGACCGUGAUGAGUUCCCGAACGAGCCGACUCUCUUUGCGCAACUCCCUGUCGGCCAUAACAUAAGAUACCGGCCGUACGCAAAGGCGGGGGCGCUUGGGAUGAUGGUGGAGCGGAUGAAGGCCGAGUCGGUGCUCGAAAAACAGCGCAGGGCAGUGCACCGUGUCAUGCUUAUGCACAACCAUCUUCUUGCCCGCAUGGUAAAGGGGGAGCUCGCCCUUCAGGUAUUUCGAAGGCAACGGGAGUCAACGGGGCAGCAGGCAAAGCAGUGA